CGGGCAGCCGCCCGGGGACCCUGCGUGCGCUGCAGGCAGUGGACACUGAGCUUACUGCGGACUCGGUGGAAUGGUGCCCAGUAGAGGGUUGUCAGCAUCUAAUGGUCUGCGGAACCUACCAGCUGCGAGCGCCCGAGGACCAGGUGCAUGGCUGGGAGGAUGAGGCCGCCGGCACAGGAGGAGAGGGACUGCUGACCUAAAAAGCCUAGAACUCUGAAAACUAAUGAGAGGGGUAAAGUGGGACCUUUCAGCACCGUUCCUAUUUCUGGAAGGUCUCACUGAGCAUCAACCGCCUAAGUAGAAUUGGUGCCAUGUGACGGGCAGGUCAGGACUGUCCUUGCCGCACCGGGUGCCGAAGAGCUCCCUUGUUUAUUGAACACUUGACAGGAAAAGAAAUUAUUUUUAUCAGAAAUUGAGGGUUUCUGCUUUAGUUAGAAGCUCUUCUUUGUCUUGGCCCUCCUUUUUGUUCCAGUUAGGUUUCCCAUUCUUUGUGAUCUCGCUUUCUGUUAAAGUAACUAAAGAAUAUGUAUAUUCUGUAGCCUGCUCUGGAUGUCAGUGAGCCUCAAGUUCGUUUAGGUCGUCUCUAUCUGUACAGUUUCAACGAGGACAACACGGCUAAACCUCUGGUUGAGGUUCAAAGAAGGGAUUCUUCCGCCAUCCUGGACAUGAAAUGGUGCCAUAUCCCAGUAUCUGACCACGUGCUUUUAUGCUUGGCAAAUGCCAGUGGAUCUUUAGAGCUGCUCCGAUUGGUGGAAUGUGAGUAGAAAAACAGUUAUACCCUGCAGCCAGUAUCUAGCCUUACCCUGGAGGAGAGGUGCCUGUCCUUGUCACUGGAUUGGUCUACUGGAAAAUCUGUAAGGGCCAGAAACCAGCCCUUGAAGAUCAUUAGCAGUGAUUCUAAGGGGCAGUUGCACCUCCUGAUGGUAAAUGAGGGAGCAGCUGAACUACAGCUUGUGGCUUCAUGGCCAGCCCAUCACUUUGAGGCCUGGAUUGCUGCUUUCAAUUACUGGCAGACAGAACUCGUAUAUUCAGGGGGAGAUGACUGCCUUCUGAGAGGCUGGGAUACUAGGAUGCCUAACAUAUCUGUCUUCACUAGCAAAAGACACACCAUGGGUGUGUGCAGUAUCCAGUGCAAUCCCCAUCAGGAACACAUACUGGCUACUGGCAGCUAUGAUGAGCAUGUUCUGCUGUGGGACACUCGGAACACAGAGCAGCCUUUGGCAGAUAUGCUGGUACAAGGAGGCGUGUGGAGGCUCAAGUGGCACCCAGUCCACCACCACCUACUCCUGGCGGCUUGCAUGUACAAUGGCUUCAAGAUUCUCAACUGCCAGAAGGCCGUUGAGGAGAAGCAGGACAUGACUGUUUUAAUAACCCACAAAAUGCCUAACUCAUUAGUAUAUGGGGCCGACUGGUCCUGGCUUCUUUCCCAUUCCAUGAAGCCCACACCUACCUGUUCCUUUGAUCAAAGUGAUAUGGGAGCCAGAGCAGCAGACGGCUACAGCCUAAUGGUUGCACAGGAGCCACCAGCAUCUCUCCAUGAACAAAUAGUGGACCGCCAUGUGGAAAGGCCUGCUAAAACUCACAGAGUUGAAUCGAAGGCUUCUCUUUUUCCAUUAACAGAGGACAUGAAAAACAGCAGCAAACUGUACCCCUCAGCCAAGGCCUGUGAUCUCAGCCUCCACUCUAGUGGACAGAACUUUGACAAUAGCCUCUUGGCCACCUGCUCCUUUUACGACCAUGUUCUCCACCUCUGGAAAUGGGAGACAGAGCAAGCUUGAGGUUGCAUUCUUUGCAUCCUCUGGAGAGUGCUGGCCAUUAAGAAUGAACUUUCUGGCGGCUAGAGAAAUGGCUUCAGUGGUUAAGAACACUUGCUGGUCUUCCAGAGGACCUGGGUUCAAUUCCCAGCACCUACAUGGCAGUCUGUAACUCCUGUUCCAGGGGAUCUGACCCCCUUACCCAUGCAGGCAAAACACCAAUGUACAUAAAAUAAAAAUAAAUUUAUGAAGAGAAUGAACUUUCUGAUAGGAGUUUUCCAGCUCUACAACUAAGUGUUUUGAAUAUAUUUUAUCUUUUAUCCCUUUGAUUGUAUUUAAGCCCCUGUUUAUUUUUUUUAAACAAUUUCUUUAAUUUUAUUUUCUGUGCAUUGGUGCAAACGUAUUAGAAUCCCUGGAACUGAAGUUAUAGACAGUUGUGAGCUGCCUUGUGGGUGCUGGGAAUUGAACCUGGGUCCUUUGGAAGAGCAGGCAGUGCUCUUAACCACUGAGCCAUUUCUCAUUCCCCCUCUCAAAUUUUUUAAAGAUUUAUUUAUACAGUGUUCUGCCUGUAUGUAUGCCUGCAGGCCAGAAGAGGGCACCAGAUCUUAUCAUAAAUGGUUAUAAGCCGUG